AUGCCCUCAUCAGUAGAGAGCUCUCUUUCGAGUAAUAGUAAUGAACCGGAAAGAGGAAAUGUACUAGGGGAAAUUCCUGUCAUCUACGAAGAGGAUGACGAACAGAGCGAGACUAAGGAGAGAAGCUGCCUUGAGAGGGCUUCUCAAUGCUGGAAAGAGUCAAUAAACUCCAUAAGAAGACCGAUAUCAGAUUGUGUACUGGCAAUAGCGCUGCAUGCAGCAAGAAACCCAUACUUGUACAUAAUCGGGAUCAUUCAUUUGUCCUUUACCAUGGUCGCAUAUGGGCUCUUCACUGGCUUCCAUAUGGAAGUCGAUGCCGAAAACCUCUACACUGUCUAUGGUAGUAGAAUAAUAGAGCACAAGAGGUGGAUUGACCAAGAAUCAGGCUUUGGCAAAUACAAUGCCAGGAUGUUCAUUCUCAUGGUACACGCGGAUGGAGCAAACGUUGCAGGGAAUGAAGGUAUUCGCAAAUGCUUCAAUGCACUGAAUGCAUUGACCAAUACGCCGGGCUAUACGGGGGUCUGCAGCGAUGCUGCCUAUGUCGGCAUGGACGGAAGCCACACUUGUGACGUGAGGGGCGUGACCAGGUUUUGGAAUGGGAAUUUGACACAAUACAGUCAACAAGUCACUUCAGACGUUGCUGCCAGGGCCGCUCUGUCUGCCAGUGCAUACCCCGAUGGAGCUGCAGUGGAUCUCCCAGAGAUUCUGGGGAACUAUCAGAUUGAUGAUGAUGGAAACGUCACGUUCGCAGAAUCGUACAUAUUGACGAUACCCCUACCCUUUACAAAAGAGGCUAAGGACUUUGAAGCAGAGGCACUGGAUAAGCUCCUUGACAUGCAGAAGGAAUGGGAUCAAGGAGGAAAUUCUUUUCGCCUCGAGGUUCAAGCAGAACGUUCACCGCAUGACGAAUCCGAGCCCCUCAUCCCUUUGGUAUUCGUGGUCAUGUCGGGUUUCACCAUGUUCGUUUUUUGGAGCUAUGACAGAGUAAAGUCCAGGACCAUGGUUGGAUUUGGUGCAGUGGUUUCGGUCCUUUUGGCUGUGAUGACUGGGUACGGUUUCCUGUUCCUCUUGGGGGUGCCCUUUACAAUGAUGACCCCUAUACUACCCUUCGUCAUGUUUGGGAUUGGUCUUGACGAUGCAUUUAUUAUAACGGGGGCAUUUGACAGAACGGAUCCGAGAAGAGAUCCAGUCGAGCGGAUGGAUCUAGCCUUCCAAGAGGUUGGUUUGUCCAUAUUCAUGACAACAGCUACUACUUCCCUGGCGUUUGGACUAGGAUGUAUAUCGAGCAUACCUGCAGUUGGGUGGCUCUCUCUUUAUGCUUUCCCAGCCGUUGUGUUUGCUUUCCUUUAUCAGAUCAGCUUCUUCGUUGCCGUCUGCGUGCUGGAUGCAAGACGAAUGGAAUCAAACCUCAUGGACUGCUGCUGUUGCAUCACAGCAGAUCGCGAUCUUUCGAAUCAACCUCCAAUCAAACGGAUCCGAGAGACACCCAGCCACAACGUUAGCCUUUCAAGAAGAUUCAUCGCGUGGUUUGCAAGGGCUAUCAUGCAUCCUUGGAUAAAGGUCCUUGUGAUACUUUCAUUCGCUGGCUUAGCCGUUUUUUGUGCCAUUCGGAUGACCCGGCUGAAGAAUGAUUUCAAGGUUUCCGAUGUGGUUCCGGAGGACUCGUACACUCUGCGGUUCUAUGGUGCUAUGGGUGAAUAUGGGCAUCGAGGGAAGAUCAUUCCGGCCGCAUACUUCCGCGGUGUAGACCAGUCAAACGAACAAGUGCAGAACGAGAUGGAGCAGUUCGUCAAGGACCUGGUUUCACUGGAUCAGUUUGGCUUCGAGCCCCCAUUCUUCUGGCUUCGUGAUUUCAAUCUGUUCGUAAGCAGCAACAGUACAUACAACAGUACAUCCUAUGUUGGUGCAUUGGCAUUCAAAGAACAGCUCGCGGUCUUUCUUCAAGACCCGGGAUUUCAGCGAACGUAUGGUAGCGACAUCAUUUUGAACGAAGACGGCGAGAUUUUAUCGUCCCGAUGCAUCAUGUACAUGACAAACCUAGAUAUGGACGACACCGAAGAUCAAAUCGAUGCUGUAUACAGUCAAAGACGAGUGGCUUCAGAACAGUCGAUCAACAGAGGACAAGACGACUGGAAUUUCUUCACCUACGAGAUCAACUACUACAUUUGGGAAUUCUUCGCUGUUGCAAGAAAGGAAUUGCUGUCCACAGCAGCUACUGGCAUUGUUAGUGUCAGCGUUUUGGGCUUCCUUUUAAUCCCGCAUUGGAGCGCGGUUUUCUAUGUUUUCCCAAUGAUCACAGUGCUAUGUGUGGACCUUCUCGGAUUCCUUCAAAUAUGUGGAGUCACCAUCAAUGCUGUCAGCUACAUGGCAGUGAUGAUGUCAAUUGGUCUUUUGGUUGAUUUCAUUAUGCAUAUAUUGCUACGUUACUACGAAUCCACCAAAGCAACCCGUGAAGCAAAAGCUAUUGAUUCGCUGGAAGCUAUGGGGCAUUCACUUUUCCUUGGGGGGUUGACGACAUUUUUGGGGAUCGUGCCGCUAGCUUUCAGCUCGAGCAAACUUUUACAGACAGUAUUCACAGCUUUUGCUGCGAUGGUGGCUCUGGGAGUGACUCACGGCCUUAUCCUCUUACCCGUGGUUCUCUCCCUAGUAGGAACAACGGACUGCAUUCGAUUGGAAUCAGAGGAUAGAAUAUCAAGCAUUCGCGCCAUCAUCAAGAAGCGACAUCCACACAAAACUGCAACAUCGUCAGAUGCAAGCCAAUCCGGUACGACCGUCAGCUCCAUCACGGUGUCGGUGGACGGAGGGAAAUCAGAAGGUCUUGAGAUUGUUUUAGUGCCAUGA